AUGUACAUAGGCUUCAAAAGGGAGAUGUGGUCCAUGUUCAUGCCUGCUCCAUUGCCUAAAUUGGAGACACAUGACCUUAACAGGACUGUCAUGAUAGCUUCUGGUACUGCCAUUGGAUAUGGUUCAACAUUGACUAUGACUGAUACAUCGAACAAGAUUAAGAAGGGGACAAAUGGAGAUGUUUAUGUACUGAAUCCUACUCUUAUAAUUUCAGUUCCUGCAAUUUUGGAUCGUAUCAGAGAUGUAGUGUUUAAGAAAGUUGGUGAGAAGGGUGGCCUCACAAAAAAGCUGUUUGAUUUUGCAUAUAAGCGGAAUCUUGCAUCAAUUGAGGGGAAUUGA